GUGUGAAAGCUGACCUCCUCUUCUACUUCCGGAAGCUGCCGCAAGCUGGGUGACAUGCGCAGUGCGGUCACAAAUCACCACGGUAACCAUCUUUCACAGCGAGCAUCAGUGGCGUGCGAUCACAUCUACUUGGUCACAGCGCAGAGACAUCCGCACAGUGCAGUCAUGGUGAAGCUGGGAACCAAUCUGGCUGAUAAGAUGGAGAAGCAGCCGUCUGCAGAUGAUGGCUUUGAUAAUAUCCCCCUCAUCACUCCUCUGGAGGUUAGCCAGCUCCAGCACUCUUUUGCAGACAAGGUUAUAGUGAAGACGUCCACUCAAUACCAAUUGCAGCAGCAGAAAAAGAAGAACAAAAAGUUGUUUAUGCCCGGCAUCGACAAGCCAAGCAUCAACCUGUAUAAGGACGUCUCCGACAGAGCCAAGAUCACAGCCCUGAUACUCAUCAUGUUGGCCUUCCUAACUAGCCUUCUCCUCUUGCUCAUGUACAAAGCCAUGUGGUACGACCGUCUUACCUGCCCAGAGGGUUUCAUCCUUCAGCAAAAGCACUGCACUCCGGCCAGUCUGGAGAUAUUCUCCAGCGGGCAGCAGAAUCCCGCGGACAUCCCAGGCAGCAGCUCCGGGCUGAACGCUGUACUCAGCCGCCUCAACCACGUGAGGAGGAUGAGUCCUGAUAUGCCGUCGCCAUGGCUGCCGGUCAUCAGAGCUCUCAAGGAGACUGACGCCAGCAAACGUAAUAGCCAUUGAAUAUAAGGUCAACUGGAGGGAGAAGAGUAAAUGCUAGUUUACUCCCUACCACUCUUUCACAGUGUGGUCAGUAUGCUUCAAUACAUCCCAUAAUCGAAACGCGUGUGUCCGCGUUAGAGGUUGUGUGAAGAGGUGAGAAUGUUGUUUAAAAUGUUACAAAAUGGCCAUUUCAGAAUUCAAUGAAUGUACCGCUACAAUUGUUUUCUUUAUACAUACAGCGCCCUCCAUAAUUAUUGGCACCCCUGAGAAAGAUGGUUUUUUUAGCUCCUAAUAUUUUUUUUUAUUCAAAUGAUAUGGGACCCUA